AUGAUUUGGUAUGUGGCCACUCUGAUAGCAAGUGUAUUCAGCACCAGAGGAACGGCCGCUCAAGGUGCCCACGGAGUGAGAGAGGAGCCCCGGUUUGUGACAGCACGCGCUGGAGAGAGCGUGAUCCUGGGGUGUGACGUGUCCCCUCCCCUGGAUGGCCAGCAGCCUCCCUAUGUGGUGGAGUGGUUCAAGUUUGGAGUGCCUAUUCCCUUUUUCAUCAACUUCCGCUUCUACCCUCCCCAUGUGGAUCCAGAGUACACUGGUAGAGCCUCUCUGCAUGGGAAGGCCUCCCUGCAGAUCGACCCAGUGCGCUCUGAGGACCAGGGCUGGUAUGAGUGUAGGGUCCUGAUGCUGGAGCAACAGUACGACACCUUCCACAACGGCAGCUGGGUGCACCUCACAGUCAAUGCCCCACCUACAUUUACAUCGACGCCACCGCAAUAUGUGGAGGCGAAGGAAGGGGGAAGCACUCUGCUUAGCUGCUCUGCCCAGGGAAAUCCUAAACCAAUAAUCAGCUGGCUGAGGGAGGGGGAGGAGCUCGCAACCAACGCAAAAUAUUCGGUACAUGAUGGCAGUCUAACCAUCGUAGGCAUCACUCGAGAUGACAGAGGGGCGUACACAUGCAGAGCCUAUAGUGACCAGGGAGAAGUGCUCCACACGACCCGUCUGUUGGUCCAAGGGCCUCCAUACAUCGUCUCACCACCAGAAAACGUGACUGUAAACAUAUCCCAGAAUGCACUCUUCACCUGCCAAGCGGAGGCAUAUCCUGGCAACCUGACCUACACCUGGUUUUGGGAAGAGGAUAACGUCUACUUCAAGAAUGAUCUGAAGCUCAGAGUGCGCAUUCUCAUCGACGGCACCCUUAUCAUCUUCCGGGUCAAACCAGAGGAUGCUGGGAAAUACACCUGCAGUCCGAGCAACAGCCUUGGUAUCUCGCCCUCAGCAUCAGCCUACCUGACUGUUCAGUACCCUGCCCGAGUGAUCAACAUGCCCCCAGUCAUCUACGUCCCACGGAAACUGCCAGGCCUCAUCCGCUGCCCAGUGGACGCCAACCCACCUGUGACAUCAGUGAAGUGGGAGAAAGAUGGCUACCCUCUCAGAGUUGAGAAGUACCCUGGUUGGAGCCUGAUGCCAGAUGGAAGUAUCCGGGUGGCGGAGGCCACAGAAGACUCUCUGGGCACCUAUACCUGUGUGCCUUACAACGCCCUGGGUACCAUGGGCAUGUCCCCCCCUGCCACUUUGGUGCUAAAGGAUCCCCCUUACUUUAAUGUGAGGCCUGGGGGGGAGUACCGUCAGGAGGCUGGUAGAGAACUUGUAAUCCCCUGUGCUGCUUCUGGAGACCCUGAUAUACCAACCAUCACCUGGAGAAAGGUGGGGAAGCCAAGCAGGAGUAAGCACAACAUCCUACCCAGCGGCAGUUUACAGUUUCUGUCUCUCAGCAAGGAGGACCAUGGAGAAUGGGAGUGUGUUGCCACCAAUGUGGUCACAAGCAUCACUGCCAGCACGCGUAUCCUAGUCAUCGGCACCAGCCCACACGCUCCUGGCAAUAUCCAUGUAUUGCCCUCAACAACCUCUGCUAAUGUGUCCUGGGAACCAGGUUAUGAUGGUGGCUUUGAACAGACAUUCUCUGUGUGGUACGGUCCAGUGUCAAAGAGAAUAGACUUAGGACCUCAUGACUGGCAUUCGAUGCCAGUUUCUGGUGCUCAGACCUGGUUGGUGGUGCCAGGGCUGGAGCCUGGGACAGAAUACCAGUUCAGUGUGUUGGCACAAAACAAACUGGGCACCGGCCCAUUCAGCGAAGUUGUGACAGUCAACACUGCAGGCUCUCCUCUGGGUACCCCAGAACCACUGGUGCUUCUUACUCCACCACGGUGCCUCACAGCCAAUCGCACGCAGCACGGUGUCCUCCUCACAUGGCUCCCUCCGGCCAACCACUCUUCGCCCAUUGACCGUUACAUCAUGGAGUUCCGUCUUGGGGAGAGAUGGGAGGUCCUGGAUGACUUGAUCCCAUCCACUGAGACUGAGCUGAUAGCCAGAGACCUUGUUCAGGAGUCAUGGUAUGAGUUUCGAGUGAUGGCUGUCAUGGAUGACCUGAUCAGUGAGAGCAGCAAUGUAGUGGGAGUGUCUAGCACAGAUCCCUUCCCCCCUGCGGAGGUGCCUGAUGAGGGGCUGGCGCGGCCUGUGGUGGCGGGUGUUGUGGCAACUAUCUGUUUUCUGGCAGCUGCAGUACUGUUCAGCACUUUAGCAGCUUGCUUUGUCAAUAAGCAACACCGUCGCAAACUCAAGCGUAAACCAGAUCCUCCCUUGUCGGUGACACACUUCAGGAAAAGCAUAGAGUCACCGCCUCCUCUCACCCCCUUGCCAGGGGUAGAGCCCUGCUGGGACGAGCCUGCCAGGAGCAGUUUCUUGCCCCCGCCCGCCAGCCCCCUGUUGUCGUCGGGGAAGAUAAGUCCAGAGAGCUCCCCUCCAUCUCGGCCCCGCUCUCUUUCCUCAGAGGGUUCCCAGGGUCCAGGCCUGUACGUCAGGAAGUUGCCCAGUCCUCAGAGAGAAAGAGAUAAAGAGCUCUCCUUCUACAAGAAAACCAAGCGUGCCAUAGCCAGCAAGAAAUACAGUGUGUCCAAGCAUGAGGCAGAGGUCACCACACCGAUUGAGCUGAUAUGCCGCGGCCCUGAUGGCCGCUUCAUCAUGGAGAGCAGCCCACCGCCCCGUCGCAUCCAUGGUUUCCCUUUCGCAGAGGAGUCUGACAUGUACCCCGAGUUUCGGCAGUCUGAUGAGGAAAAUGAUUUUGACCCUGGGCCUCUCCCGCCCAUCAUGCCCACGCUGCGGCCACAGCUCUCCCCAACGUCCUCCAGCCUGGAGUCAACGCAGCCCCCCAACUACAGCCCCCGCCUACACAGGGCCAUGGAAGGUAUGAGCUUUGCAGAGGGCAGUGCACUUCACGCCUCAGGGCAGGCCCCAGCCUCCCGCUACAGGGGCUUUCCCCAGGGCCCAUUCUAUGGGUAUCUAGGCAGCCGCGGUGAAUCAGGGAUUCCACCACCAUUCUACAUGCCUGACAUCAGUCCGCGUAGCUCCGCUCUGUCCUCCCCCCCAGGCACUGCUGAGGGGCCCUUUGGUUACCCCUCAAUCCCCGAGGAGAGUGGAGAGAUGGAGCUCCAUCAGUACACUGCCUCUGGCCAUUCUCUGUCUCACACACACAGCCCUCCUCCUCGCUCACCUGAAAGCUGGCAGCCUCAUGAGCUACCCUUCCUGGGUCUAGAAGGUCCACGGUUCAUAUACCCACCUCACCAUCCCUUACAUCAUCCGCAGGACCUCCCUGACCCACCCCCAUAUCCUCCUCACUCUCUUCCCCCCAGUCGCCUACACCUCCCUUCCCUACAGGAUCCAACAAGCCCUAGACUCCUGCAGCUGGAGGUCCCUAUGGCUCCCCCAGGCAGAGACAGGCCCCUGGGGCCUCCGGUUAGGCGUUUAGCUAUGCAACAGGCCCAGAGUCUCGGCCAGCUCAGACACACGGCCCACGGUGUGGGUGUACCAGUGUUGCCUUACCCUGACCCGGCAGCCCGUGCAGGGAGCCCAAGCACAGCCCCCAGUAGUAGCCCUCAGUCCUGGCUCAGCCCGAGGGCGGGGCGCCGGGCAGACCCCAGCCUACCCCCACUAGUACUCCAGCCUUCCCGCCUCUCUCCGCUCUCCCAAAGCCCCCUUAGCACCCAGCCAGGUUCCCCAGAUAUUCUAGUGCGGCCCCCUCCGCGCCCCAGCAUUCUCCGCACCUCUCGGUCUCUGGAGAUGCAUGAGCUCACUCUGCAGCCCUCGGUCAGUUUCUCCCGGAGGUCCUCCCUGACCGCCUCUCCCACUCAGAGCCAGGGAACCAGGCACCCCAGCCCCAGUUACCACGCCCACAUGUCCUAUGCCUCCACUGCAGCCAGUUAUCCCUCCCAGUCCCCUUCUCCCCCUCUGGAGGGCAGGGAUGUUUUCGGGCAGAGGCCAUCCCAGAGAAGGACAGAGGAGGAGAUGCUACCCUCAGAGCCCUCUCAGCUCCAGAUAUCAGCCUCAGGGGAACCUCUAGGUGCGUCUAGUGAUCCUGCCGGGUCUGAGAGCUUACCAGCACUGCUACACCACUGUAUUACUAAAGCCAAGGGAGUGGCUGCCAACAACAAUAACAACACAACCUCCGGAAGGAGAACCGGUGUGUCUCCCUCUCAGACCCAGCAGCAAUCUCAGACACCCCAAGAGGGAGAGGAUCUCAGCUUCCACAGAAAGAGGAAAAAGCAAAACAAGAAGAACCCCUAUCUCUAUUUGACCUCCCUCCUGCAUCGCAGGCAGUCUGAGGAGGACCAGACAGGCAUUUUGGCCAGUGCAGACUCUGAGGGCCCAAAUUAUGGGACUCUACGCUGACCCAUGUG